UAUUUUCAACCUAUGGCAGAUGAUCCGGACAAUUCCCAAGAAGGAGACAAUACUGAGGAUGAUAGUCCAGUCGAAAUGAACCCAGCUACACUGCUCCGGGGUAGUAGGCCGAGGAAUCCGAACAUACCACCCACAGGCACUUCGUCAACAGGCAACACGGAUACACCUAACGCCAACAACAACAACAACAACAACAACAACGAUGAUGACGAUGAAGACGAGGACAGCAGUAGCGCUGGCGGAAACCCACAGGGCUCGAGUUCCAACAUGCAGAUGAUGCGGACACUUAUGCGAGGAAGACCUUCUCCGACACACACAGACGAUCCGACAUCUGCCAACCCACCAGGCUCCCAAGAAAACCACCAAGCCAAUACCUCUGCACCCACGGAUACCCACUCUCAAAAUGACCCUCUGAAUGAGCCCUUAGCAUCCCCCCAAAACAACCCUAUGAACAAUCCACUAGCAUCCCCCCAAAACAACCCUAUGAAUAGUCCACUAGCAUCCCCCCAAUUAAGAAUGAGAAAAAUGCCAGAUUCUGAGUCAAAUUACAACUACCCAAAUGACACCAAAUCGGACAGCCAAGAUAACCCCAAAGAAUCCGCUCAAGAUAACAGUCCAAAUAACCCGGUAGCAGCCCCCCCAAAAAAAUUUAUUGAUGAUCCCCAAAUGCUGUUAAGAAGUAUGCCCAGAAAACCAAGUACCAAUCCCGAUAACUCCCAAAAUAUGACCCAAAAAGACCCCCAAGACAGCCCCGGAUCAGAUUUCCAAGGAGGGCCAGUGGUGAUGGCGUUCCCCGCACAGGACCCCCAAGAUGACCCUCAGGAGAAAACCCACCAUACGCCCCUAGAUUCCGAUCAAGAUGACGCCUCAGACGAUUCUCAAAAUGACGAUCCAGCAAACCCUCUACCAGUACCCCACGCAGAACCCAUGCCUAACUUCCCGGAAAACAGUGUGAUCUCCGACACGUCCGAUGAAUCCGACGACAAGGACGGCUUUAAGCAGCUCAACGCCUAUGCUGUCAUGCAGAAAUUGAUCACACUUUCUAUUGUUGAAUGA